UUAUCGAUUAAAAUUUAAAAUUACACUCAAAUUACGGAGUUUACAUUAAAAAGAAAAAAAAAGAUAAUGCAUUAAUAUUUUACCAUACGUGACAUCCACUAAAUCCAAACUAAAUCUAAAAAGAAAACUAAAGGGAAAAGUAUACGAAAAGAAAAAAGAUCUAAACUGAAUUUUACUCGCUAAAAAUCUCUCGCGAAUAUCAGCAAUUAACCCGUAUCACAUACGCGAUCAUGAAGAAUAAAGGAUCACUCUCGAACAAUUCGAUAAAGUCAGAAACGGAUAAAAUGGUGUACAGAGCGUGAGGAAAAGAAAUAAGAAAAAGAAAAAGGGCGAACGAUAUCUUGAGCAAUCGAGUGGCGGAUGAAUGAUGGAAGGGGAUCGAGGAUUCAACGUAGGAAGGUAUUCGACUUCCAAUAGAAACUGGCAGCGUGGAAGUUAUCGGGUCCGCGGCGGGAAGCGAAGAAAACGGAGGCGGAAACCUUGGGGCGAGAGGAUCGUGGACUGGACCAGGGCUGUGAUCGCUUUCCUCUUCAGCAAUGUUGGCAUAGUGUGCUUGGUGGUCGGUUACACCAUAGCCGGCGCCUUCCUCUUCACCCAUAUCGAAGGUAGAAACAACCUGGACAUAGUUGGAGACGUGAUCAGGCUGAGAAACGUGACAGCUGCCACUCUCUGGGAACUUACCUCUAAGGAGAACGUGUUUUCCGAGAGAAUCUGGAAAGCGAAAGUGAAGGCGAUCCUCGAGAAUUAUCAGAAGAAAAUGGUAACGGCUAUAAAAAAUGGCUACGACGGCGCUGAAGAAAAUAAAAGAUGGAGCUUCGCCGGGGCGUUUCUCUAUUCCCUUACUGUGAUUACCACGAUCGGUUACGGGAACAUUUGUCCAAAGACGAAAUGGGGCAAAGUGGUGACCAUAGUAUACGCCAUAAUAGGCCUGCCACUUUUCUUGCUCUAUCUAAGCAACAUCGGGGACAUUCUUGCGAAGAGCUUCAAAUGGACCUAUGCUCGCUGUUGCCUGUGCAAGUGUCGUAGAAGACCAAUAGAAAUGGCACCAAGAGGAAGUUUGGAAAAUGGUGCCGACAUAAGGAGAAAUCAUUGGCAAAUGGUUGACAUGCAUGGAAAGGAGAUUGACUCGAUUAGUAUAGAUAAGGAAGUUUCGAUAGAGAAUGAUGAAUCGAAAGAAGAUGACGAGAGUUAUGAUCCACAACGUGUCACAGUGCCUUUGACGCUCUGCAUCGCCAUAAUGGUCGGGUUUCGGCGACAUCGUGCCAGGUGACAAAAUCUACGCGGCCCAGGGUCUCGAUUUAUCCUUCAUCUUCUGCUCCAUGUAUCUAAUGCUUGGUAUGGCAUUGAUCGCGAUGUGCUUCAACCUGAUGCAAGAGGAAGUGAUCGCAAAGGUGCGCGCAUUCGUGCGUACCGUUAAAUAUAUAUUCCGAUGCGACAGGUGACCAUAACAGAGCCUCCUCAGCC